AUGGAAACUCUUCUGAGGCCGUCUCCAUUUCUUGCACUUUCAACUUCUCAUCCUCCAAUAUCAUGUUCAUCACUGAACCCUCCAUUUGUUUCUCCUAAAACCAAAACUUCUGCAAGAAACGUUCGUAACAGAGUCAGAAGCAGCAAGUUUAAUUCCUUUCUUGACUUACAGCCUGCAUGGAAACCUGAACCUUUAGACUUUGAUGUAUCGUGGCUUGAUCCUUCUGAUCGUCGCUUUGAUUUGAUCAUCAUUGGAGCUGGACCAGCUGGUUUAAGACUAGCUGAGCAAGUAUCAAGAUACGGGAUUAAGGUAUGCUGCGUGGACCCUUCACCAUUAUCUAUGUGGCCAAAUAACUAUGGAGUUUGGGUUGAUGAAUUUGAAAGUUUAGGCCUUGAUGAUUGUUUGGACAAGACAUGGCCCAUGUGUAGUGUUUAUAUCAACGAUCACAAGACUAGGUACUUAGACCGUGCCUAUGGUAGAGUAAGUAGAAAGGAACUCAAGAUUAAAUUGUUAAGUGGUUGUGUUUCAAAUCAAGUCAAGUUUCACAAGGCUAAGGUUUGGAAAAUAGAGCAUCAAGAAUUUGAGUCUUCUGUUGUUUGCACUGAUGGAAGUGAGCUGAAGGCAAGUUUGAUCGUUGAUGCAAGUGGAUAUGCUAGUCCUUUUAUUGAGUAUGACAAGCCGAGAAACCAUGGUUAUCAAAUUGCUCAUGGAAUUUUAGCAGAAGUUGAUAAUCACCCCUUUGAUUUGGAUAAGAUGGUUCUGAUGGAUUGGAGAGAUUCCCAUCUAGGAAGUGAACCAGAUUUGCGCAAAGAUAACUCAAAGAUUCCAACUUUUCUGUAUGCGAUGCCAUUUUCUUCAAAUUUGAUAUUUCUUGAAGAGACCUCUCUCGUUGCCAGGCCUGUGUUGUCGUAUAUGGAGGUUAAGAAAAGGAUGGUGGCAAGAUUGAGACACUUAGGCGUUAAAGUAAGGAGUGUUAUAGAGGAAGAGAAGUGUUUCAUUCUGAUGGGAGGGCCACUGCCUAAAAUCCCUCAAAGUGUGAUGGCAAUUGGUGGAAAUUCAGGCAUAGUGCAUCCUUCAAGCGGCUACAUGGUGGCGCGGACAAUGGCUUUAGCACCGGUGUUAGCUGAUACAAUUGCAGAGUGCCUAGGCUCAACCAGAAUGAUUAGAGGGACUCCACUUUAUGAUCGAGUGUGGAAGGGCCUUUGGCCUGUUGAGAGGAGACGUAUCAGAGAAUUCCACUCUUUUGGCAUGGAGACCUUACUGCAACUCGACUUAAAUGGGACUAGAAGAUUUUUUGAUGCUUUCUUUGAUUUAGAUCCUCACCACUGGAAAGGGUUUAUGUCUUCAAAUUUAUCACUAAGGGAGCUUGCCAUGUUUUGCCUGUCUCUGUUCGGUCAUGCCUCAAAUCCUUCCAGAUUGGACAUGGUCACCAAGUGUCCAGCCCCUUUGGUCAGAAUGAUCCGUAAUAUGGCACUUGAAACCAUUUGA